CGGCCCGAGAGCCCAGGGGGCUGGACUCGCGCUCCGGCAGCCAGAGGACCCGGCCAGCCGGCGCAGGCAGGGCGCCCUCGGGCUGGACACGGGCACCCACCCGCCAUGGUGCGCGCCCCAAGCCCGCCACCGCCACUGCCGGUGGUCCCGCUGCUGCUGCUGCUGUCGCUGCCGCUCGGAGCCGGGGACCCCCUUCCCAUGGAGAGCCGGCUCGUGAACAGCUGUAUCCAGGCCAGGAGAAAGUGCCAGGCCGAUCCCACGUGCAAGGCUGCCUACCAGAACUUGGGUUCCUGUGCCUCUGGGCUGAGCACCCUGACACCCCCUGGGGAGCCAGCUGCCCGAGAAGAUUGCCUAGAGGCAGCACAGCAACUGCGGAACAGCUCCCUGCUGGGGUGCUCCUGCCACCGGCGCAUGAAGAACCAAGCUGUCUGCCUGGACAUCUAUUGGACAGUUCACCGUGCCCGAAGCUUCGGUGACUAUGAGCUGGAUGUCUCCCCGUACGAAGACACAGUGACCAGCAAACCCUGGAGAAUGAACCUCAGCAAAUUGAACAUGCUCAGACCAGACUCAGACGCCUGCUUCAAGUUCGCGAUGCUGUGCAUCCUCAAUGACAAGUGUGACCGUCUGCGCAGGGCCUAUGGGGAGGCGUGCUCUGGGAGCCACUGCCAGCGCCACGUCUGCCUGGAGCAGCUGCGUGCCUUCUUUGAGAAGGCAGAGGAGCCCCUCGUGCAGGGCCUGCUGCUGUGCCCCUGUGCGCCCGCUGACCACGGCUGUGGGGAGCGCAGGCGCAACACCAUCGCCCCCAGCUGCGCGCUACCCUCGCUGGAGCCCAACUGCCUAGAUCUGCAUCGCCUCUGCGUUGGCGACCCGCUGUGCAGAUCUCGACUGGCAGACUUCCAGACCCACUGCCACCCCAGGGACAUCCUGGGGACUUGUGGAACAGAGCAGUUCCGAUGUCUGCAUUCAUACCUGGGGAUGAUCGGCACUGCCAUGACCCCCAACUUCCUCAGCAACGUCAACACAAGUGUGGCCUUGAGCUGCACCUGCCGAGGCAGUGGCAACCUGCAGGAGGAGUGUGAGCAGCUGCAGAGGUCCUUCUCCAGCAACACCUGCCUUGGCUGCCUGUUCAACCUGUCUGGGCUCAGGGACAGCUCCAGCUUGAGGAUCAAGCAAGCAGAAGGAGGCAGUAUUUUCUUUCCAACUCCCACCUACCUGCUCCUUUACACUCCCACAGCAUCCCCUUUUCCUGUCUUGGGAAGGGCCAUUGCAGCUAAGAUGCGUGUCCACAAGCAGCUCUUCUUUCCGGACCUGGUAGCCUCUGUCUCUCCUGUAAUGGAGCAGCAGAAUAAGAACCUUGCUCUGAGGCCACAGCCCUGGGUGCCCUUUCUUUUCUCCUGCACACUUCCCUUGAUUCUAUGCUGUAGCCUCUGGUAGCCGAACUUCCCUGGGGACCUCUUUCCCCUCUUCAGCACCCAGCCUGGCUUGUAGCCUUUGAGGGGUACGAAGAGGAUAGCAUCUGGAAGGUGCAUACACAACAUGGCCAUCCUGACCCCACCUGGCACCCUGUCCUGCACAUCUGGUCCGGUCCAGAUGAGGCUGUCGUAGCAGCUGUGGGAUGGGACCUCCAGAUCUUGACCAGCUGGUUCUCCUUCCCUCCGCCCUUACCUCUGCUUCUGAUUCAGGCUUCUCCUCAGGACUUGGGGACCACCGUUUGACUGUAUCUUCUGAGGGUGACCAGCUCCACCAAGCUCUCUCCUUAUGCCUCCCUCUGGCCCACCAGGAUCUCCCAAGUCUAACACAUCAGUCAUUCUCUGUUGCAGUCUCUAGGCUGGCAGGGCUGGGAGUUAUAAGGCAGCCUAGUAAGACUUUCCCUUGAAACAAAGCUUUUGUAAAUAAGGAUGGGAAGAGGAGUCAAGGGGGGUGGGGUGGGAAGACAAGAAGCAAGAUAUAUCAUGUACAGGUACAAAUUCCCUAGAUGAAUGUGAUCAUUAUGUGUAUCUAAAAUGUACCAAUAAAUGUUUUGCUUCCCCCAAAAAAGACUUUCCUUCGUGCCCCUGCCCCCUCCUGUGAAUGGAGGCUGGGAACCCACACCUCUGCGGCUCUGCCAGAGUCCUGGAGGUCGUUUGGGCAUCGGGAGAGAAGUCUUUGGGCCUUGCUAUAUUUCUACUUCUGUCCCAAAUUUGCCCUGAGUUCUUGGAUCA